AUGCCGUCUCUCUCACCCAGGCCGCUGGCCGUGGGAACUGAGGCGGGCGAGGGACAGCAAGCGCGCCUCAACGGAAAGGAGCAGCGGCGGCAGACAGGUCCCUCUGGGCAGGCCCCAGAGCUUGUGGAUAGAAAUAGCAGCAGCAGCGGCGGCGGCGGUGGCAGCACGAACUACUACACGGAUCUUCGAAACUACUUUUACACCGCAGGGAUCCCGGCGAUUUUCGAUGCUCUCUCGGAGGCCUUGUUGCGUGAGCAGCCAGAUAAGCCAGUGGCCUUUAUUUUGUCUUGGCUGCGGACAGAGCGGGAGCGGGCGCAGGCGCAGGCUGACAACACGCAUAACAGCCACGUUGGCCCCGUGAGUUGGAGUGAGGGUAGUAAAGACGACAGCUGCACGACGGUGACGUGCUCACUGUCGGACCUGCGCUCGCCACUGUAG